AAUUUGUGUAUGAAGAAAUAGAGAGCAAUUACUUUUUAAAUUACACAGAGCAAAAUCCAAUCUGUGUUUCUUGUCAAUGUUUUUUUGUUGGUGCUUUCACCAAGUGUUUCUUGGGUUUAGAUUGGGUUUUAGCAUCACAAGGAGAGGACUUUGUCUUGUGGUCUAUUCAUCUUCAAGAAGCUAAGCACAGUCUCUGAGAACUUGGGGAUUUGGUAGGAUCUGUUAGAUGCUAAAAGAAUAAAAAAGGGAAUCUUUAGAUAUGGAAGAUGAUGGUGGUGGCGAUGGAGGCGAAGGAAAUGGUGGGUUUUCACCUAAUUCUAGCUUUGGGGCAUUCUCUGACACGGCCAUGGAUUUGGAUUUCAUGGAUGAGCUCUUGUUUGAUGGAUGUUGGAUAGAGACAACAGAUAGUAAGAGCUUGAACCAGACAGAACAAUCUGCUUCAGCUUCUACCGCCAUGAUAGACAUUAGCCCUUUCCUCUGCUUUGGUGAGAACCCAUCUCAAGAUAAUUUCUCUAAUGAAGAAACAGAGAGAAUGUUUCCUCAUUCACCUAGUAACCAGGCUGAAAAGUUUCUCCUCGAAGAAGCUGAGGUGGGAAAAAGUUGGUGGAUUGCCCCAAGAGCAAGUGAAGGACCUUCUUCAUCUGUGAAGGAGAGACUAUUACAAGCUAUUAGUGGUCUUAACGAGGCGGUGCAAGAUAAGGACUUCUUGGUUCAGAUAUGGGUGCCAAUUCAGCAGGAAGGGAAGAGCUUUCUGACCACUUGCGCUCAGCCACAUUUAUUCAACCAAGAAUACUCCAGCCUUGCAGAAUACAGACAUGUUUCAGAGACUUAUAAUUUCCCGGCUGAUGAGGGUAUGAAAGACUUUGUGGGUCUUCCCGGUCGUGUUUUCUUGCAGAAGUUGCCUGAGUGGACUCCUGAUGUGCGUUUCUUUAGAAGAGAUGAAUAUCCGCGCAUCAAAGAAGCACAGAAGUGUGAUGUUCGUGGGUCACUUGCCCUUCCUGUUUUCGAAAGAGGUAGUGGGACUUGUUUGGGUGUUGUUGAGAUCGUCACAACAACUCAGAAGAUGAAUUACCGGCAAGAACUUGAGAAGAUGUGUAAAGCUCUUGAGGAUCUUCAGUUCAAUUCUGCAUAUGUUUGUACUGUGAUUGUUCUGCAUCUUUCUUUCUGCAUCAUGUCUCUUCCUGCCGUCAAUCUAAGGAGUUCAAGUAACUUGAACACUCCAAGCUCUGAGUUUCUGCAGGUCUAUAGUGAUUUCUACUGUGCUGCAUUACCUGAAAUAAAGGAUUUUUUGGCCACAGUCUGCAGAUCAUAUGAUUUACCUUUAGCUUUGUCAUGGGCCCCAUGUGCUCGGCAAGGCAAAGUUGGUUCCCGACAUUCUGAUGAGAACUUCUCUCAGUGUGUUUCAACAAUGGAUUCUGCUUGCUCUGUCCCCGACGAACAGAGCAAAAUAUUUUGGGAGGCAUGCUCUGAACACCAUCUGCUCCAGGGGCAAGGCAUUGUUGGGAAAGCAUUCAAUGCCACCAAACUGUUUUUUGUGCCCGAAGUGACCACAUUUAGCAAGACUAACUACCCUCUUGCACACCACGCCAAGAUAUCUGGACUACAUGCUGCUUUAGCAGUCCCAUUAACGAGCAAAUCUGGUUUGGUUGAGUUUGUGCUGGAAUUCUUCUUUCCAAAAGCCUGCCUUGACACUGAAGCGCAACAGGAAAUGCUCAAGUCAUUGUCUGUGACGCUGCAGCAAGAUUUCAGGAGUUCAAAUCUUGUCAUUGACAAAGACCUAGAGUUAAAAGUCGUAUUUCCUGUUAGAGAGACAAUGCUCUUCUCAGAAAACCCGCUUACUGGAGCAGAAACCGCAGAGUCUUUGACAGAAAUUGAAAUGCAAGAAUCCUCAUGGAUCUCCCACAUGAUACUGGCAAACGAGAAGGGUAAAGAUGUAUCACUUUCUUGGGAGUACCAGAAAGAAGAUCCUAAAGAGCUCUCAUCUGGCCAGGAGCACGGUCAGCUUGAUCCAGUCCCAAAUAAUGUUCCUUUAGAAGCUGAGCAAUUUCAGCAAGCAUCAACUUCAGGACUCAAAGUCGACAUAGGUCCAAGCACUGAAUCAGCUUCGAUUGGUGGGGGAAAUAUGUUAGGCAGUAGGAAACCAGGGGAAAAGAGAAGAACAAAAACAGAAAAGACCAUUGGCUUGGAGGUUCUUCGACAAUACUUUGCUGGAAGCCUCAAGGAUGCAGCCAAGAGCAUUGGUGUUUGUCCAACUACCUUGAAAAGGAUAUGUAGGCAACAUGGAAUUAUGCGAUGGCCCUCCCGAAAAAUCAAGAAGGUUGGGCAUUCGUUAAAGAAACUCCAACUUGUUAUGGACUCUGUUCAAGGUGCGCAGGGCUCUAUCCAACUCGAUUCAUUCUAUACAAGCUUCCCAGAGCUUAACUCCCCAAAUAUGUCUAGUAAUGGCCCAUCCUUGAAGAAUACUGAACAGUCAAGUCAUUUGAAUGCUCAAACCGAUAAUUAUGGUAUUAUGGCAGAGGAAAACCCCAGGUCACCAUCAUCUUCUUGCAGCAAGAGCUCUGGUUCAAGCAACAAUAAUGAGAAUACUGCAAACAUUCUAGUUGCUGAGGAUGCUGAUGCGGUGUUAAAGAGAGCUCACAGUGAAGCGCAACUGCAUAAUGUGAAUCAGGAGGAAACAAAAUGUCUUUCAAGAACCCAGAGCCAUAAAACAUUCAAGAAGCCUCCUGUUCUUGAAAAUUCAUCUCCAUUACCAGGUAGUAGCAACAAGAGCUUAAGAGCUGGAGGUGCCAUCAAAGUGAAAGCGACAUUUGGUGAGGCCAGAAUACGGUUUACCUUACUCCCGAGUUGUGGCUUCAGAGAGCUGCAGCAAGAGAUUGCUAGGCGUUUCAACAUAGAUGACAUUUCCUGGUUUGAUCUGAAGUACCUGGAUGAUGAUAAGGAGUGGGUUCUUCUGACAUGUGAAGCGGAUCUCGUGGAAUGCAUAGACAUAUAUAGGUUAACACAGACCCACACAAUUAAAAUAAGUCUGAACGAAGCUUCUCAAGUCAAGCUAAGUGGUUCUUUUGGCAGCACUGGUCUUUCCUGAAAAACAAUCAAAGAGCAAAGCACCAGGAAGAUUCUACUGAUUUUUUAGCUUUUGUAGAAAUCUCACUUACCAUUUUAGCCUGGGAAUCCUUUGUAAACAUAUUUCCAGUGCCCUGAACACCAUUUUGGAAGUGGCAGUAGUAACUUGGUCUCCUGUAUUGCCCUAGCAGAUUUUUGUAUAAAAGAGAUGCAUUCCA